AUGGAACAGACUCAAAAUUUAGAUUAUAAUAUAAAAGAAAAAUUAUCAAUGAAAAUAACAAAAUUUGAAGAUCUAUCAAAUGAAAUAAUUUAUGAGGUUUUCGACUAUUUAAAUCAUCUUGAAACAGUUUAUUCAUUUUAUGAUCUUAAUGAAAGAUUUCAAAAUUCCCUUAUUAAUUCAAACUAUCCACUUCACAUUAAUAUCUCAUCAAUAUUAGCAUCGAAGUUUCAAUUUACCAUAACAAAUAUCAUUAAUUCACAUUGUUAUCGAAUAAAAACACUUCGUUUAUCAAAUCCAUUUGCUUCUGAUAUGUUUCUAUUCAUCUUUAGACAAAUAUCAAACAUUAAUCAACUUCAAUCAUUAAUUCUUAGUCAAAUUUCAUAUGAUAAUUCUUUAAACAAAAUUAUAAAUUCUCUACAUUUAUUUUCAAAGUUAAUUUCAUUGACAAUAAAAACAAUUGAUAAAGUUAGAAACCAAAAUGAUAUAUAUUUAAAAAUCUUUCAACUAUCUUCUCUUAAAUAUUGUCGAUUGUCAAUAAAAUCUUCAGAAUUACCAGUUUCUGUACCUUUGGCUACAAAUCAAUUAAGCUCAAUUGAAUAUUUAAGUAUCGAAAAUUGUGUUUCAAUUACUCAAAUGAAUAACUUAUUAUCAUAUAUUCCACAUAUUCGUUAUCUAACAUUUGAAAACGUGGCUGUAGACCUUCAUUCGCAUUAUCAAAUAUUUAAUACAUAUAAUCAACUAUUCAAUAUAAAUACUUUAACUAAUAUAUCUCUUCAAUUGUAUUCUAUUGGUUUUAAUCAAUUGGAAUCAUUGUUCAGUGAUGUUUAUUAUCAUAUUAAAGUUUUACGUCUUUCACCAUGUCUUAAAUUUCAAUCUUUGGAAUAUUUAAAUGCUAAUCGUUGGGAACAAUUAAUUAGAAAUCAUCUUCCAAGUUUACGUAUCUUUGAUUAUUAUUGUGAAUUUAUCUUUCACAGAUACUUAUCUAGUCGUUUUGAAUAUAAAGCCGCCAUUCAACAAUUUCGUUCUCCAUUCUGGAUUGAACGACAAUGGUUUUUUCAAUCUGAUUGUGAUCACCAACAGCUUUUUGGUCGUGGAUAUCAUCCAAAAAUAUAUCGUCAUAUUAUGUUUUAUUCAAUAAAUUCAUCAAGACGAAAAUGUUAUAUUUUAUCCAAUCAAUUAUACGAAACAAGUAUUAAUUUAAUCAAACAUCUUCAAAUUCCGAAAAUAUACUUAAUUAUAAACUUUCAUGAUUAUCUUCCUCAUGUUACUCAAUUAACUUUUUUAAAUACUUUCAAAAUGCCUCGUUACGAUUAUUAUUUUAUUCCAAACAGUUUGAAUCGAAUUAUUCCAUUAAAACAAUUAACAAAAUUAACUUUACAUUGCUAUUGUCCUUUCUGUGGUAUUAUUGAAUUACUUUAUCUAACAUCAAACGUUCAUACAUUAGAACUGGAUUCAUUUGAUAAACCGAAUUUUCUUUCAAUUGAAAACAAUAAUACAUUUCAUUUACUAUUACAUGCAAAUCAAAUCAAAAAUUUAACUAUUCGAAAAGUAGUCAUAUUAGAUCAAGUCAAAUUACUUGUUCAUCUUUGUCCUCAACUAGAAUCUUUGACAAUUAAUUUUCAUCGAAAUGAUUUAAAUUCAAUUAUACAAUUUAUUUUAUUGGAAACGAAAUGUCAUAUUCGAUAUUUAUCAUCGUUAUAUAUUUUAAAACGAUUUAAAGAUUUUUUAAAAUUAAUCAAAAACUUAAUUGAUUCAGAAAAACUUCUUGAUGAUUAUGAGAUAAAAAUUAUCAAUGGACGAGUUUAUUUAUGUUGGUAA